GUUGGAGAGACUAGGCGUGCGCAGUAAUUCCCCAAGCACCCGGCCUCGGGCAUUAUGGGAUACAGGAGGAGUCGGAAUGGAAGGAUUUGGCUAGAGAGGAUAUUAGCUCUGCUGUUGCAUCCAUCAUUGUCGUCGCUAACAUUUCUGAUCUGAUGAUGAACCAGCUGAAGAUGGUUGGAGCUUGGAGACUAACCUGAGGAACUAAGAUGACUGACCUCCAACAAUCACAACCAUCAUCCUAUGUGCCAGGCUGCAAUGAGGUCAGGAACCUGAAUGACCCUGGAGGAACCCAAACUGGGCAUCACUGAGCAGAUCAUUGCUGAAUGUUUCAGCUACGAAUUGUAAAAGGGGGCUUCAGCUUCUUGGGGGUCAGACGGAUAGUUGUGCUAAAUGCUGCUCAUCAAAGCACUCAACACAAGGACUACAAGCCCAUCAAGAAAGUGAUGGUAGCUAACAGAGGUGAGAUAGCCACCAGAGUGUUCCGAGCUUGCACGGAGCUCGGGAUCCGCACUGUGGCUGUUUACUCGGAACAGGACACCGGGCAGAUGCACAGGCAGAAGGCCGACGAAGCCUACCUGAUCGGAAAGGGUCUCCCCCCUGUCCAGGCUUACCUGCACAUUCCUGACAUCAUCAAAGUAGCCAAGGAAAAUGAAGUGGAUGCCAUUCACCCGGGCUAUGGAUUCUUGUCGGAGAGGGCGGACUUUGCACAGGCAUGUGUAGAUGCAGGAGUACGCUUCAUUGGACCCAGCCCAGAAGUGGUGCGGAGAAUGGGCGACAAAGUGGAGGCACGCACCAUUGCUAUCGAUGCUGGUGUUCCUGUUGUGCCAGGCACUGCAGCGCCUAUUACAUCGCUGGCAGAGGCCCAAGAAUUUGCUAACAGCUAUGGCUAUCCAAUCAUCUUUAAAGCUGCUUACGGAGGCGGUGGCAGAGGAAUGAGAGUGGUCCGCAACUAUGAGGAGUUGGAGGAGAACUACCAACGAGCUUUCUCUGAAGCGCUGUCUGCGUUUGGCAAUGGAGCCCUGUUCAUAGAGCGGUUCAUUGAGAGGCCCAGGCACAUAGAGGUCCAGAUACUUGGUGAUAAAUAUGGCAAUGUGAUCCACUUGUACGAGAGAGACUGCUCCAUCCAGCGGCGUCACCAGAAGGUUGUAGAGAUCGCUCCUGCUGCCCACUUGGACCAGCAUCUCCGAGACCGGCUCACCGCUGAUGCUGUCAAGCUAGCCAAGCGGGUGGGCUACGAGAAUGCUGGCACAGUGGAAUUUCUUGUCGACAAGCACGACAAGUACUUUUUCAUCGAGGUCAACUCCAGGCUGCAAGUGGAGCACACCGUGACUGAAGAAAUCACUGAUGUUGACCUUGUACAUGCCCAGAUACACGUGACCGAGGGGAAGAGUUUACCCGAUCUCGGCCUCAAGCAGGAAAACAUCCGCAUCAAUGGCAGCGCCAUACAAUGUCGAGUUACAACGGAAGAUCCAGCACGUGGCUUCCAACCAGACACCGGUCGUAUUGAGGUCUUCCGCAGCGGAGAAGGGAUGGGAAUCCGUUUGGACACGGCCUCAGCCUUCCAGGGAGCGCUGAUCUCGCCUCACUACGACUCACUGCUGGUCAAGGUGAUCGCCCACGGCAAGGACCACCCCACCGCCGCGUCCAAGUUGAACCGAGCCCUGGCCGAGUUCCGGAUCCGUGGGGUCAAGACAAAUAUCCCGUUCCUGCAGAAUGUGCUCAGCAAUGACCAAUUUCUGUACGGCACUGUCGACACUCAGUUCAUCGACGAGAAUCCUGACCUCAUCCUCACGAGGCCAGUACAGAACCGGGCACAGAAACUGCUCCAUUACCUCGGUCACACUAUGGUUAACGGACCAAUAACCCCCAUUCCAGUGAAUGUGAAACCUUCAACUGUGGACCCUGUCAUUCCUCAGAUUCCCUUGGGCGAGCCCCCGGCUGGUUUCCGCGAGAUCCUCCUGAGGGAAGGCCCGGAACGCUUUGCGAAGGCCAUCAGGAACCACAAAGGCCUGCUGCUGAUGGACACCACCUUCAGGGACGCCCACCAGUCACUGCUGGCCACCCGGGUCCGCACGCACGACCUGAAGAACAUCUCGCCUUUCGUGGCCCACCGUUUAAGCCGGUUGUUCAGCAUCGAGAACUGGGGAGGUGCCACGUUUGAUGUGGCAAUGCGCUUCCUGUACGAGUGUCCCUGGAAACGCCUGCAGGAGAUGCGAGACCUGAUUCCCAACAUCCCCUUCCAGAUGCUCCUGAGGGGUGCCAACGCUGUGGGUUACACCAACUACCCGGACAAUGCAGUGCACAAGUUCUGCGAAGUGGCCAAGGAGAACGGAAUGGACAUCUUCCGUGUGUUCGACUCCCUCAACUACCUGCCUAACAUGAUCCUGGGCAUGGAGGCUGCGGGAAACGCGGGCGGUGUGGUGGAGGCCUCCAUCUCCUACACUGGGGACGUCUGUGACCCCACGAGAACCAAGUACUCCCUGGAUUACUACCUGCAGCUGGCUGACGAAUUGGUUAAGGCUGGUACUCACAUCCUCAGCAUCAAGGACAUGGCUGGUUUGCUGAAGCCAAAGUCGGCGCGGUUGCUGAUUGGGGCACUGCGUGACCGUUUCCCAGAUUUGCCGCUGCAUGUACACACCCAUGACACGGCCGGGGCGGGAGUGGCCUCGAUGCUAGCCGCUGCAGAGGCUGGAGCUGACGUGGUGGAUGUCGCCGCCGACUCUAUGUCCGGGAUGACCUCUCAGCCCAGCAUGGGUGCCAUCGUGGCCUGUGCCAAGGGCACUGAGCUUGACACUGGUAUCGAGCUUCAGAAUGUCUAUGAUUACAACGAGUACUGGGAGAUGACACGCCAGCUGUAUGCCCCAUUCGACUGUACGGCCACCAUGAAGUCGGGAAAUGCCGACGUGUACGAGAACGAGAUUCCCGGGGGUCAGUACACCAACCUGCACUUCCAGGCCCACAGCAUGGGCCUGGGCAACAAAUUCAAGGCAGUCAAGAAGGCCUACACUGAGGCCAACAAACUCCUCGGAGACCUCAUAAAGGUGACGCCCUCGUCGAAAAUCGUUGGCGACCUGGCACAGUUCAUGGUGCAGAACAACCUGACACGGGAGGAUGUGGAGCAGGACGCUGAUGAGCUCUCCUUUCCCCAGUCGCUGGUGGAGUUCCUGCAGGGAUACAUCGGCAUUCCACAUGGAGGCUUCCCAGAGCCGUUCCGCAGCAAGGUGCUGAAGGACCUCCCCCGUAUUGAGGGCCGCCCGGGAAGCUCCCUCUCACCCCUGGACUUUGACGAGCUGGAGAGGGAACUACGGACCAAACACAUGGAAGAGAUCACCCCUGAGGAUGUCAUGUCAGCUGCAAUGUAUCCCAAAGUCUUCGAUGAGUUCAAGGAUUUCACUGCUCAGUUUGGACCCGUCGAGUGCCUCAACACUCGCCUCUUCCUGGAGGGACCCAAAAUCGCCGAGGUGUUCCAGGUGGAACUGGAGAGAGGGAAGACCCUCCACAUUAAAGCUCUUGCGCUGGGAGACCUCAAUGUGGCCGGGCAGAGGGAAGUGUUCUUCGAGAUGAAUGGUCAGCUUCGCUCGGUGCUGGUCAAGGACACUCAGGCCAUGAAGGAGAUGCACUUCCACCCAAAGGCACUGAAGGAUGUGAAGGGUCAGAUCGGGGCCCCCAUGCCAGGGAAGGUGCUGGAUAUUAAGGUGAAGGAGGGCAGCCGCAUUGAGAAGGGGAAACAGCUAUGUGUGCUCAGUGCCAUGAAGAUGGAGACGGUGGUGAACUCCCCAAUGUCAGGCACUGUCAAGAAAAUCUACGUCACCCGCGACAUGCACCUCGAGGGCGAUGACCUCAUCCUGGAAAUCGAGUAGGACCUAACCCCUGCUGUGACCCCUGCCCGCCCUGACCCCUGCCUACAUCAUACCCCCAACCGCACAACUUGCCCCCCCCAUACACUUCCUCCCACUCAGCCCUCUAACUGUCCCACUGUUCCCUGCCAACUCCUGUGUUAAGUCCAUGAACAGGCCUACACUGAGUCCGUCAAACAGGCUGAUUCGCAACAAGCAAUGGAUCACUUGCCCUCAGUUCCAAACUACAGCAUCACAGGGUAUUGGAACUGAUCCCACUUGCCCCCAUGUGAAGGCGUAUAUGGGAAUCACCAUUCCCAUUUCUGGCAUUUUCGUACAGUCCUCGUGCCCUUCCCUAAGGCUCACACUCAUGUACAGACCCUGAAGCACUCUGCAAAGUGUCAGCAGUCAACGUGAUUUCUUGUCUAUUUGUUCGUGGGGCAUGGGUGUCGCUGGCUGGGCCCAGCAUUGAUUGCCCAUUCCUAGGUGCCCCUUAAGAAGGUGGUAGGGAGCUGCCUUCUUGAACCGCUGCAGUCCGUGUGCUGUGGGUUGACCCACAAUGCCCCUUAGGGAGGGAAUUCCAGGAUUCUGACCCAGCAACACUGAAGGAACGGCCGAUAUAUUUCCCAGUCGGGAUGGGGAGUGGCUCGGAGGGGAGCUUGCAGGGGGUGGCGUUCCCAUGUACCCUCUGCCCCUUGUCCUUCUGGAUGGAAGUGGUGGUGGGUUUGGAAGGUGCUGUCUAAGGAGCCUCGGUGAGUUGCUGCAGGGCGUCUUGUAGAUGGUACACACUGCUGCGACUGAGCGUCGGUGGGUGCAGGGAGUGGGAUGUUUGUGGAUGUGGGGCCCAAUCAAAGCGGGGGCUACUUUGUCUUGAUUAAUAUUGUACUGACUGGCACUUUGGAGCCCAACUGGUUGAUUUCGAAGAUUAAACACAAACUGGUGCCAUACAGUGGCCCUCCCCCAACCCCCUGCCCCAACACCCUGUGAACAGGGGAACCGUACGUAUUGGUUAGACACGGAAUGCAGACUCCGUUCAGGACGGUCCUCACUCCCACAGUCCACACUAACCCCAGCGCAGAGUGAGCAGGCCACUCUCUAUGGGCGGGACCUGAUUUGGCCUUUGUGCUGAUGGUUCGAAUCUAAACAGGGUCCAAACUCUCUGAUGAAGGGUCUAGGCCCAAAACGUCAGCUUUUGUGCUCCUGAGAUGCUGCUUGGCCUGCUGUGUUCAUUCAGCUUCACACUUUGUUAUCUCAGAUUCUCCAGCAUCUGCAGUUCCCAUUAUCUCUAGGGUCCAAACUCAGCCACAUCCCACCCAGGGCAGGGACGGAGUUGUGGGGGCGGGGAGGGAGGGAGCCAUGUGCUGGGCAAUUAGCUCCGAUCCAGGUCGGCGAAGCACAGGUACGCCAAGAAAGUGCCGGAAGCCCCUGGCAAUUCCUCUGCUGCUCGGGGUGAGGUCCCUUUAAGUGUGAGGGCAAAGGUGGUGGUUGGGGACGGGGAAUUGGUUUGGAGUGGGUGUGAAAAACCCAAAGACCUUACCCCCAACCCUAAACGCUGCUCAUCACCCUGACCCACACCCCUCACAGGAUCAGACAGCAGACGGUGGGAUCUGUUCGGGGGAAUCCAGUGAUCACCAGUCCUUGUGUCAGCUCCUUAUCAGCCUGAUCACUGACUGUCCAUUCUGUACAGACCUCAUUGACAGUAAUAUCCCCAUCGCACCCAUUGGUAUUGGCGCAGAGAGAGAGAGAGAUGGCGUGGUUCUUACCGGUGUCGACCAUCCCAGAUCGCCCAGAUACCCCUCUUCCCCUUUUGUAUACUCCGCUCAAGGUGACAUUAGGUGGAUGCUGGUCACUCUGGGAGUGGCUGGUCACUCUCUAGAUGGACAGUGGUCACUCUGGGAGUGGCUGGAGUAGUUAGGGGUGUUGGGGAUUGGCAAGAGGAGGUGGUUGGGGUAGGAAAGGAGCACCAGGGAACAAAAGUCUUUACUGUCUCCUGAACAUUGACCAGUCUCCCCCUCCCCCUGUCCAUUCCCAACUCCAAACCCUCCCCCCUCCCCUGGAGACCACGAGGGACAACCCCCAGUACAUUUGAGGAACCCUCUGCCCCUUCCCUUCCCUUCCCAUGAUCCUGAAGGAAGCUGGAACGGUUCUGUCCAGCCACAGUUCUGAAACCUCCACCGGGAAUUCUGUGAGAGCGCGAGGAGAUGAGCGGCUAAUCUCAGUGGAAAUUCCUCCUUCUCCCAGGGCAGCAACUCACACACUGCCACCAAAUGAUUGGGUCAGUCCUGUGGACUUUGGGUGGUGCAAUCUGAUGUCUCCUCAUUCAUCUCCCACUCACCCACCCAUGGAUCAGGAGAGGGAAGGAGGGAAUUCUCCGAAGUGGAUGGGAUGAAGAGCCUGCAGGACAGGGCAGCAUGGAUUUGGAAAAUGACCGGCACCGGGACAGUGCCUCACGGCCCUGUGUGACGGUUACGUCAAUGCCCGUGGGUACCUUCUCCCCGCGCCCCCGCUGACUGAGCCCUCCCAAUGUCUGCAGGGACACCCUGGUGCCACCUGUAUUUCAGGCUCAACCACAUUGCACACUGGGAAAUAAACAGAAACCAAGAAUGUAUCAUAAAAUCUGUGUCAAGUUUAACAAUAAAGCAAGUUCUAAUAAA